AUGGACUACAUCCCGGCCGACCUUUCAUCUGUAAUCAAGAACGGCGCCAUCACGCUUGACGAGAGCGUCGUGCGGUACAUAACGUGCCAGCUGCUGCUGGCACUGCGCGCGCUGCACCGCUGCAAGGUGCUGCACCGCGACGUGAGCACCCGCAAUAUUCUGAUCCACUACAACUCGCAGGUGUUCCUGUGCGACUUUGGCCUCAGCCGCUUCUUCGACCCGGAUGAGCAGCUCAGUUUCGGGGUCGUGACGCAGUGGUACCGCGCGCCGGAGAUCAUCCUCGACGCGGCCUACAGUUACGCGAGCGAUGUGUGGAGUGUUGGCGUCAUCCUCGGCGAGCUGCUGCUGCGCCGCCACCUGUUCCCUGGAAAGUCAAACGACUCUGCGAAUCAGCUGCAGCUCAUCUUUCACCUGGUCGGCACGCCCUCCAAGGAUGUCUUCGACGCGGAUCGCUCCUUCGGCCGCGCCAGCCAGAACGCCAAGAACUACGCGCUAGCUUACAUCGAACGCCGCCCGUGCCCGUCCACGCUAGUGAAUCUCUUGUCCACCGCACCGGUGCUGCACCACUCGACCAUCGCCGCAGUGCCGCCGCUGGCAGUGCAGCUUGCCGAGCAGCUCCUGCAGUUCGACCCGGCCAAGCGACCGAGCGCCGACGAGGCCCUGCGACACCCGUGGUUUGACCCGUGCCGCGCCUUCAUUGAAGAGGUGGUGCAGCACCAGGACGAGGAAGAAAUCCCGGUGUUCACUCAGACGCAGAACAUGAACGUUGAGGAGCUGGUGAAGCGCAUCGAGGAGGUGGUGCCGGUAUUCUCUGAGGAUCUGCUCGUGGAGGACGACGGCGGCGGUGCCGCGAACAGUGCGUAG